AUGGGAAUAGACGAAUGUCAACACCAGUUUCGAGAUAGAAGAUGGAACUGCACAACUUUUAACACCACUAACGUAUUUGGCCAAAUUUUAAAAAUAAAGAGUCGGGAAACCGGUUAUAUCUAUGCUAUAUUAUCAGCUGGCAUCAUGUACAGCGUUACACGUGCGUGUGCAAAAGGUGACCUAGAUCAUUGUGGAUGUGAUACGAAAGUAAGACGAAUCAGUACAGAAGGAGAGUUCGAAUGGGGAGGAUGCUCUGAUAAUAUUCGGUAUGGUUCGAAAUUUUCCAAAGAUUUUGUCGACUCAAAGGAAAUGAGAAUCAGUGAAGACGGUCUUAUGAAUGUUUGGAACAAUGGCGCUGGCAGAAAGAUGGUAAAAGACGAACUCGAAUUAAUGUGUAAAUGUCAUGGGGUCUCUGGAAGCUGCUCAGUGAAAAUUUGUUGGCGAAAAAUGAAAUCAUUUCGCGCCAUAGGGAGUGCAUUGAAAGGUCGAUUCGACGGAGCAAGUCUUGUGAAAAUGGACAGACGAAGAAAGAGGUUAAAGCGUACAAAUAAACUUCAAAAACGACCAACAAAGAAAGACUUGGUGUAUUUAAACGAAUCGCCUGAUUUCUGUGAACAUAAUUUGGAAAAUGGAUCAGUGGGCACCCGGGGUAGGGAGUGUAAUAAGACAAGUUAUGGACUUGAUGGUUGUAGGUUAAUGUGUUGUGGACGAGGCUAUUAUACUCUUAUUAAAGAAGAGAAAGACGAUUGUGACUGUAAAUUCUACUGGUGUUGUAGGGUCGAGUGUAAGAAAUGUACAAAUGUGAAAGAAAUGCAUUAUUGUAACUGA